GAAUGGAAACCCCCAGAAACAGAGAGAUCCUCAUCCUGGCCAACAAGAAGUGCAUGGCUACAGAGAGCAGAGAUGGAGAGGUCAGUGCAUGGCUACAGAGAGCAGAGAUGGAGAGGUCAGUGCAUGGCUACAGAGAGCAGAGAUGGAGAGGUCAGUGCAUGGCUACAGAGAGCAGAGAUGGAGAGGUCAGUGCAUGGCUACAGAGAGCAGAGAUGGAGAGGUCAGUGCAUGGCUACAGAGAGCAGAGAUGGAGAGGUUAGUGCAUGGCUACAGAGAGCAGAGAUGGAGAGGUCAGUGCAUGGCUACAGAGAGCAGAGAUGGAGAGCUGAGUCGGUGCUUGAGCGGUGUGGUGAAGCAGGAGAUGAUGCGCCCAUCCAAUAACGUGCAGCAGCUGGUGCUGUGCGAGGAGCACAGGGCCAGGAUGGUGAAGCACCAGUGCUGCCCAGGCUGUGGGUUCUUCUGUACAGCUGGUACAUUCAUGGAAUGCCAGCCAGACAGUCGCAUCACCCACCGCUUCCACAAGGCCUGUGCCUCUGUGCUCAGCGGGUUGAGUUUUUGCCCUCACUGUGGGGAGGAGUCCCUGAAGGCGAAGGAGGUGACGAUAGCAACAGCAGACACGACCUCCACCUCGAUGGUGCCCCUCGUCCCGGGACAGGAGGUGAAGGAAGAGGCGAGGAUGCCAGCUGCAGACACUACCACAGGAAGCAAUCACCGGAUGAAGCUGCAGAGCGAGAGCAAGGUGCAGAGUUCCGCAUGGAAAGCGUGUUUCUCAGAGGGCUCCGAGUCGCCAGGGCGUUCCAGCAGCUCCAGGGCUGGGGCUGAGGGCUCCGAGUCGCCAGGGCGUUCCAGCAGCUCCAGGGCUGGGGCUGAGGGCUCCGAGUCGCCAGGGCGUUCCAGCAGCUCCAGGGCUGGGGCUGUGACAGCGGCGUCGAGUCUGCAGCAGGGAGUCUCCAAAGAGACCCUGGAGAGCAUCCUCAUUGCUAUGGACGCAGAGAAACCCAAGAAACUUCGAUUUCACCCCAAGCAGCUCUACAUCUCAGCCAAGCAAGGAGAGCUGCAGAAAGUCUUGCUGAUGCUGGUGGAAGGAAUUGAUCCUAACUUUAAACUGGACAGUCAGAGCAAGCGCACUCCACUGCACGCAGCGGCAGAGGCAGGUCACAGGGAGAUCUGCCACAUGCUCGUGCAGGCCGGUGCUAAUCUGGAUAUGUGUGACGAGGACCAGCGGACACCGCUGAUGGAGGCUGCAGAGAAUGACCACCUGGACACUGUGAAAUACUUGCUCAAGGCAGGAGCUGUAGUAAACCACAAGGAUGCGGAGGGUUCAACAUGUUUCCAUCUGGCUGCCAAAAAAGGGCAUUACGAAAUCGUUCAGCACCUGCUGUCCACGGGGCUGAUAGAUAUAAACUGUCAGGAUGACGGUGGGUGGACGCCUAUGAUCUGGGCUACAGAAUACAAGCAUGUGGAUCAAGUGAGGCUGCUUCUGUCUGGAGGAGCUGACAUCAACAUUAGAGACAAGGAGGAGAAUAUUUGCUUGCACUGGGCAGCUUUUUCCGGGUGUGUUGAAAUAGCUGAGAUCUUGCUAAACGCCAAGUGUGAUCUUCUCGCAGUGAAUGUCCAUGGAGAUUCUCCGCUGCACAUUGCAGCCAGAGAGAACCGGCUUGACUGUGUGGUGCUGUUCCUGUCCCGCGGCGCUGAUGUUAACUUGCAGAACAAGGAAGGGGAGACGCCUGUGGAGUGCUGCAGCCUCGGCUCCCAGGUGUGGGCUGCUCUGCAGGCCAAUAGAAAGCUGAAGGACGCAGCCGCUAACAGAAGCAGCCAGGAGAGAGUUGUGAACAGAGACAUCGCCCGGGGGUACGAGCGGGUCCCCAUCCCCUGUGUGAACGGAGUGGACAGCGAGCCCUGUCCCGACAACUACAAAUACGUUCCAGACAACUGCGUGACAUCCCCCAUGAACAUCGACCGCAACAUCACACAUCUACAGUACUGCGUGUGUAAGGAAGAUUGCUCCUCUGCCAACUGCAUGUGCGGUCAGCUGAGCUUGCGCUGUUGGUAUGACAAGGAGGGUCGCUUGCUGCCGGAGUUCUGCAAGAACGAGCCGCCCCUGAUAUUUGAGUGUAACCAUGCUUGCUCCUGCUGGAGGAACUGCAAGAACAGAGUGGUGCAGAACGGACUCCGAAUCCGGCUGCAGCUUUUCCGAACGAGGAGGAGUGGCUGGGGUGUGCGUGCCUUGCAGGACGUUCCGGAUGGCACCUUUGUGUGCGAAUAUGUUGGAGAAAUCAUAUCGGAUUCGGAGGCUGACGUGCGGGAAGACGAUUCCUACCUUUUCGACCUGGAUAACAAGGUUGGACGCGUGUAUUGCAUUGAUGCCAGUUUCUACGGCAACAUCAGUCGGUUCAUAAACCACAUGUGUGAGCCCAACAUCUUCCCUGUGAGAGUCUUCACAUCCCACCAGGACCUGCGAUUUCCCAGGAUCGCCUUCUUCAGCAGCAGGCACAUCAACGCUGGAGAGGAGCUGGGGUUUGACUAUGGAGAUCGGUUCUGGGAAAUCAAAAGCAAGUAUUUCAGUUGCCUGUGCGGCUCGUCCAAGUGCAGACACUCAGCUGAAGCCAUCGCACAGCAGCGAGCAGACUCCUCUCCAGUCACCAGCCAUGAGAACGGAGUCCCUGAUACCAGCUCCUCCACCACCACCACCCCUCCCAGACCUUCCUGAGACACGUCCCCAGAGCCAGCCAGGAGAGCAGAGUCCCUGACACCAGCUCCUCCACCACCACCACCAUCACCCCUCCCAGACCUUCCUGAGACACGUCCCCAGAGCCAGCCAGGAGAGCAGAGUCCUUGACACCAGCUCCUCCACCACCACCACCAUCACCCCUCCCAGACCUUCCUGAGACACGUCCCCAGAGCCAGCCAGGAGAGCAGAGUCCUUGACACCAGCUCCUCCACCACCACCACCAUCACUCCUCCCAGACCUUCCUGAGACACCAGAACCAGCCGGCAGACUCUGCUCCUACUUAGGAACAUGGCUCUAUCCACAAGACCCUUCGGAUCAACCCUUGCAGCGCCCGGACACUUCACUCCCCUCACCCUGGCAUACACGGUGACAGGGAUGUCCAGCAGUUUGAAUCGUGGGCAGGUUGUUUUGUUCUAUGGUCUUGCCUGAGCUCACACAAGGGUAGGGCUCUGGAUCGUUCCGGUCAUGCAAGCAUAGUUCUGAGGACGGACCACAACCAGCCAUGGAGGCUUGCUGCCUCACUGACUCCUCCUCCUCCUUUUUAUUAUCCUUUUUUUCCUAGUAAGCAUCUCUACAGGUUUAGUUUGUCCCAGAGAUGAUUUCAAGUGUUGCCCAGUAAAUGCAGCUACAAAGGGCACCGUUUGGUUUGCAGAAGCGACUUUCUGUUUUGGAGAUUUCUGCAGCUGUCGUGUGAUUUAACUGGGUGUUCAUUUUUUUUAUAGCUACAUACAUGUACUCUAGACCUACAGCAGUGAGUCUUCUCUAAGAAGUGUUUAUGAGGACAUGCUUCGCAGGAAUGCAAGAGGCUGACGUUCACCUUGAAUUGGCCUCUGUGGCCUUUCUGGUCCUUUUACAUUAACGUAUCAUUCGAUAAUAUAAGCACCACAAUCUGGAGGAUUUCUUGUUAUGUUGUAUUCGUCAACUUUCCAUUUUUUGAUUUCAUAAAUACGCUUCUGAUAAAGGAUUGGCGUUGGCACAUUUUAACGUUGUGUGUGUUUUUUAGUUUAAAUAAGUGUGUGUGUAUGUGGUUGUGUGUUUGUUUUUUGUCAUUCCCUACACAUUGCUCUCACCUGUGUGCUUUAACAUGGAGAGGUGAGCCGUGUGCAAGCUUGGGCUUCCCUGCCACCACUGCCUCCCAGUGGCAGUCUGAAAAGGGUUUGCAUUGAUUUCUUCUUUUCUGUUCCUACUUGUUAAUCCUGAGCUCUAAACACCGUGUGUUUAUAACUCCUCCGCGGCUGAGCCCUUGCCAGAUAUGUUAGGAAUUCCAGAACUGCUUGUGAACCCCCCCCCCCCCCCCCCCCAACCCUUUCCCAAUGUUUAUUACAGACACCAGGUGAAGGAAAAUUAUUCACUACUUACAAGCUGCUUUUGUCAUCACACAAACUGAACAGCAUCUAAUGAACUUGGCUGGGAGGGGAGUCUCUGCUAUGCAAAGCCAGGACUUUCUUUUUUUUUUUUUUUUUUUUUUUAAACAAAUAGCCAUGCACUUUGGGGAUAAUUAAAAGUAAAGUGACGAUUGACGGUCCAGAAAGGUCUACCAAAGCUUUCAAUUUUUGAUUGCAAAUUUCUAAAACGUCUUUUUUUUUUUUUUUUUUUUUUUUUUUCUACCCGUGUGCCAGCCUGCAGUUAUCGGCAGGAGUUUUCGGUUUUUUAUUUUAUCCUGCGAGACAUGAGCCUGUCUGUUCACCAACAAGUUGAUGCAGGACAUCCGAGAGCGAGACAAACGUUGUCAUGUUUUUUUUAUUUCAUUUACCUUGUAAUGAGGAAGUGCUAUGGGGGCAAAGAUUAAUGGUGCUGAUCGCGGUGUGCGUGUUUGUUUGUAUUUUAAUACUCACCAAGUGAAUCAAUACUAGUCGUUUCUCUUCCCCUGCCCAGUUUUAUUUUAAUUUCAAUUUUCUUAUUGUAGUUUAGUCUGUACAAAAGCUGCCAUCUUACACUUGGUGGCAAAACUACUCCUGAUCUCUGUACAUGUUUAUGUGGAUAGAACAGUACAGUCUCCUGUGCAGACUCGCUCCUUGAGCUAUUAAAUACAAAAAGGUGUUUUUAAAAGUUUCCGUUACAGAUUUCUGCACAAUUGAGAGCAAAAAUGUGUUGCCCAUCUUUAUUGGUUGUACCUUUUUUCUUUUUCAAUAAAUUUACUACUAAUAAAAAA